AUGCGCGGGAGUGGUGAUGCCGCGGAAAAAGGGGAGGAGGGUUGUGAGGUAGAGACAGCGAAUGGCGUUGUAGCGGGCGGUGGUGGUAACAAGGGCUUCGAUAACAUCGUAAAACGAGAUCCACGCACUCUUCUUGAGAAGCUUGACACGCCCACGUUGGUGGCGCCAGAGCUCGCGCCCGGCCCUAAGAACCGGCUAGACCCGUACCUCACGGCGCUCGAUAAGCUAUCGGACGCGCUGCGGUUCUUCGAGGCGCACAGCUAUUUGGGCAGCUGCCGCGCGGAGCUGCGGCAGGGGAAGGGGCUGAUGGACGAUGCGGUGGGGCGAUUGAAAGAGGAGUUCGGAGAGGUGCUGUCCGGUGCAAGCCUGGUACCGGAUCGGAAGGCGCUCGUCCAAUCCGCGGCGUGCAUGAAGCCAGGCGAGGUGGUGCCGCCCGUGCCUCUGGUUCGGCCCGAGGCUGUGAAGCCGCUUCGAGCCAUGGCAGCAUGGAUGGUGGGCAAUGAGUACGAGGCAGCAUGCCUGCGAGUAUACGAGGAGCAGCGGUCAGCAGCGCUGCUGCGGUGUUUGGAGCGGCUGGGCAGUGCAGCGUGGACGCGCGACGAGGUGGUGGCGCUGCCCUGGGCCGACCUCGAGCCCCUCAUGAAGCGCUGGGUUGAGAACCUCAAGCUCACGAUGCUGGUGCUGAUCGUAGCCGAAGAGGCGAUGUGUUGCGAAAUCAUCGGGCGCGGCCCCUCCUCCUCCCCCUCCGCUCGAGCGCGGUGUCUGACGGGCGUGGCGGUGCCGGCAUUGAAGCAGCUGCACGCGUUUGGCGACAUCAUCGCUGACAUGCCGCGCGCACCCGAGCACGUCUUCUCGCUGCUCGAGAUGGUUGAAGCGCUGCUCGACCUGCGCCCUGCUGUGUUCUCGUCAAGCCCCCUGCACUGCCCAUUGCGUCUGGCCCCACCUCCUUAUCUCCCCAUUCCCCCUCCCCAACCUGUCUCCCGGCAGGUGGAGAAGCAGUUUCCUGGGGAGGCGGGUGGGGAGGUGCGGCAGCAUCUGGUGGGCAUCUGCGCGGCGCUGUGUCGCACGGUGAGGGGCACCAUCGCUGACUUCCAGCACAUCGUGCUCCACGACCCCACUCCGCCCCCCGCCCCCAACCCCCCCCUCCCCCCCUCCUCCUCCACCUCCUCCACCACCCCCCCCUUCCCCCCUCCUCCUCCUUUGGUUUCAGCCGCUGGCCAGGAGGGGGGCGAGGAGAGGAAGGGGGAGGAGGACGGAGAGGGGGGAUGGGGGAGUCAUGGGGAGGAGGAUUUGGACUCGAGCCACAGAUCGGAUGCCAGCCAUCGAUCUCACCACGGGGGAGGUGGGUCGCACAAUCGGACGGUCAGCGGCAGCUCGUCGAGCGGGAGGGGCAUCCUGGGGGGGCUGCUGCCGAAGAAGGUCAGCAAGGGGCACGAGGAGGGCAAGGGCGAGGCGCGUGGAAGGGGCAAGGCGGAGAGCAAGGAGGGUGGGGGGUCGGCAGGGCAGGAGGUGGUUGUGAGAGGCAGCCCGGACGUGCACCCUCUGACGAGCUACGUGGUGAACUUCAUCCUGCUCUACUUCGACCAGACGCUGUACCUGGGCACACUGCUGCUGGUGUACGACGAGGGGGGCGACCACCACCAGGGCGCCGUGCGCGUGGGUGCUGCCACGCGGCACCUGCUGGCGGCGCUGAAGGCGAAUCUGGAGCGCAAGGGAGACGCGUUUCACGAUGAGGCGAUGCGCGCCGUGUUCCUCAUGAACAACUGCGAGUACAUCCAGCGCAAGGUGGAGGAGCAGCAUGUGAAGAUGAUCCUUGGGCGGGCAUGGGUGGACGAAAAUGCAAAGGACCUUGAGAAGCACCGAGACGUCUACAUUCGAUGUAUUGUGAAUAAGGUGGGCGCCGUGCUGUCGGACCACCGGGGUGACGUGGCGGCGUUCACAAAGCGAGUGCAGGCGCUGCACGGGGUGCUGGAGGGCGUGCAGGCGCAGCAGAGCGGGUGGAGCAUUGGGAAUGGCGACCUGCGCACGUUCGUGCGGGGGGAGGUGGCCUCGCAGGUGCUGCUCCGAUACUCCGACGUCCUCGACCGUCACAGAUCGAUCGUGGAGAGCCGAGCAUGCAAGGUGCGAGUGCUGACACGGCAGGAGAUGCUCGCAUGGCUGACGGAGAUAUUCGACAUGAAGAAGCACGCAUGA